AAACACUAUUAGCAACGUAACGCCGUUAAACUUCAUUUCAUUUUUUUUUCUGCUAGCAUUGUGAAACACAAUAGCAUAAUGGAUAACGGAGAAAACGCCGUUCCUAACGUUAUAAUCUUCCCUUUACCACUACAAAGCCCGGUAAACUCCAUGCUAAAGCUGGCGGAGCUUCUCUGCCUCGCCGGCGGCGUCCACGUCACCUUCCUCAUCACGGAGCACAACCACCAGCGCCUCCUCCGCAGCACCGACGCCGGGUCCCGUUUCGAGAGGUACUAUCUCGGAAAGUUCAGUUUCGAAGUUAUCUCCGACGGGCUCCGGGAAGAUCACCCCCGCUCCGCGGAGGACUAUGAGGGCAUAGUCAACAGUUUGCAGGGCGUGGCGGAGCCGCAUCUGAGAGAAAUGUUGAGGUCGGAAAGGGGGAGGAAGGUAACGUGCGUAAUAGCGGAGGCGGUGUUUGGUUACGCUUUUGAGAUUGGGAAAGAAGUUGGUAUUCCUGUUUUUGCGUUUGAAACUGUCAGCCCUUGCUAUCUAGGGGUUUAUCUCUGCAUUCCGAAACUCUUUGAGGAAGGACAACUUCCAUCCAAAGGAGAAGACUUGGAAACAUUGGUAACGGGUGUGCCGGGCAUGGAAGGACUUCUUAAGGUACGGGACCUUCCCCAUUUCUGCCGAGCGAAAGAUCCAUGGGCAGAAGAGAGCGGUAAACUUAUCAUGGCUGAAAUCCAUGCUGUGCCCAAAGCCCACGGGCUAAUCCUAAACUCGUUUGAAGAGUUGGACGGGCCAAUCAUGGCGCAUAUCCGCACCCACUGUCCAAACACGUAUAUGAUCGGGCCCGUCCAGCAACACUUGAAGACCAGACUCGCGGAAAGGGAGACGACAAUGCCACCAUCUUCAAACAGCUUCUGGAGAGAAGACAAAACCUGCAUCCAAUGGCUCGACGAACAGCCCGAAGAGUCAGUGAUAUAUGUAAGUUUUGGCAGUCAGAACACCUUAACAAUGGCGGAACUCAUGGAAGUUUGGCAUGGUUUGGUCGCCAGUGGGGUUAGGUUCUUGUGGGUGUUGAGGCCCAAUACUCUUCGGGCUGCAAAGGAGGUGUUGGAUCAAAACUUGGUGAGAGAACUGAAAAAGGGUUGCUUAGAGUGUGGGCGGAUUGUGAGUUGGGCUCCUCAAGAAGAGGUCCUGGCCCAUCGGGCAAUCGGGGGAUUCUGGACGCACAGUGGAUGGAAUUCGACUUUAGAAAGUAUUCUUGCCGGAAAGCCCAUGAUCUGUUGGGCCCAAUAUGUUGACCAGCUGGUCACCAGAAGGCUUGUAAGUGAAGUGUGGAGGAUUGGGGUGGACAUGGAAGAUAGGUGUGAUCGUUUGAGUGUUGAGAAAAUGGUGAAAGAGCUUAUGAUGGGAAGCAGAAGGCAAGAGUUGAAGAAAUCAGCCCAGAAAUUUUCUAAGUUAGCAAGAGAAAGUGUGAACAAUGGAGGCUCAUCCUAUACUAGCCUUGACCACCUUAUAAAUGACAUAAGAAAAUUAAGCAGCAUUAAGCAUUUCCAAAAUAAUUUAUCCUGCAUUGGCUAGUCAAGUCAAGUUUGUCUGACAAUUAGUUUGG